AUGGGGAGCGUGCGGGCCAACCGCUACAGCAUCGUGUCAUCGGAGGAGGACGGCAUGAAGCUCGCCACCGUGGCCCUGCCCAACGGGUACGGCAACGGCAAGGGCAAGGUGCACACGCGGCCGCAGGCCCAGAGCCGCUUCGUCAAGAAGGACGGCCACUGCAACGUGCAGUUCGUCAACGUCAGCGAGAAGGGCCAGCGCUACCUGGCCGACAUCUUCACCACCUGCGUGGACAUUCGCUGGCGCUGGAUGUUUGUCAUCUUCUGCCUGGCCUUCCUGCUCUCCUGGCUCUUCUUCGGCUGCGUCUUCUGGCUGGUGGCCAUCUUCCACGGCGACCUGGAGGGCAGCCAGCAGAAGUGCGUGUCCAAUGUCAGCAGCUUCACGGCGGCCUUCCUCUUCUCCAUCGAGACUCAGACCACCAUCGGCUAUGGCUACCGCUACGUGACGGACGAGUGCCCCGUGGCCGUCUUCGUGGUGGUCUUCCAGAGCAUCGUGGGCUGCAUCAUCGACGCCUUCAUCAUCGGCGCCGUCAUGGCCAAGAUGGCCAAGCCCAAGAAGCGGAACGAGACGCUGGUGUUCAGCCACAACGCCACUGUCGCCAUGCGCGACAGCAAGCUGUGCCUGAUGUGGCGGGUGGGGAACCUGCGCAAGAGCCACCUGGUGGAGGCGCACGUCCGCGCGCAGCUCCUCAAGUCCCGCACCACGGCCGAGGGCGAGUUCAUCCCGCUGGACCAGGUGGACAUCGACGUGGGCUUCGACAGCGGCGUCGACCGCAUCUUCCUGGUGUCGCCCAUCACCAUUGUGCACGAGAUCGACGAGGACAGCCCCUUCUACGACAUGAGCAAGCAGGAGCUGGAGGCGUCGGACUUCGAGAUCGUGGUGAUCCUGGAGGGCAUGGUGGAGGCGACGGCCAUGACCACGCAGUGCCGCAGCUCCUACCUGGCCGGCGAGAUCCUGUGGGGCCACCGCUUCGAGCCGGUCCUCUUCGAGGAAAAGAGCUACUACAAAGUGGACUACUCCCGCUUCCACAAGACCUACGAGGUGCCUAGCACCCCGCUGUGCAGCGCCCGGGACCUGGCCGAGAAGAAGUACAUCACACCUGGCCCCAACUCCUUCUGCUACGAGAACGAGGUGGCGCUCGGCAACAAGGAAGAGAUGGAGGAGGACAACGGAGGGGGGCAGGAGGUCAGGAACACAGACACCACCUCCAAUUCCGAGCACACCCAAGCCACUCUGCCUCUAGAACCCAGGCCGCUGAGACGAGAGUCCGAAAUAUGACCGCGCCGAGCCUCUGAAAUAGCACAUUGAGCUGAGCCGGGCCCAGAGGCUGGGACAGGCGGGCUCACGCUGACGGUACUGCUGUGAAAAAGAGGGGUCGAUCGAGGACUGAUUUCAUGAUUGUUCUUUGAGAAAUUAAAAAAAAACAAAAACAAACGAGAAAAGGAAAAAAAAAAAAGACGCACAGGCACAACGCUGUGAGGUUUGUGCACAGACGGACAGAAGAGGUCAGCAGAGGUCGCCCUGAGGGGGAAAAACUGAUGCAACACUAUUUAUUUACUCAGCAGUUGUGUGUCUGUGUGACCACAGA